GUUAGAGUCUAUGUGGUGAGGUCUGGAACCACUAACCCGGUUGUACACUUAUCACCAUGGUUGAGACCCGUAGUGGGUUAGACAAGAGCCCCUAUACUAAGGAGCAGCAAGAGAAAAUGGCCGCCUUAGUGAAAGAAAAUAGGGAGAGAAAAGAGCGUGAAAAGCAAGCGAAGUUAAAAGCUAUCGCAGAUGAGCAGGCGGCGAAGAUGAAAGAGAUAGAGGACGAGAUGGAGAAAAAGAAGAAGGUUGUUGAAGAAGAAGCGGAAGCAGAAGAAGAAAAAGAAAGAAUGAGGAUUGAGAGUAGAGAGGGGAGUAGUGGCACGAAGAGAGACACAGAUGCAAAGAUGGAGAAGAAAAUAAGUGAGUGGGUUGCUAACUUAUCGUUGGGUGAAGAUGAGGAGGCACAGAUAUAUGUGCCACAGGAAAAGAAGGAGGUGUUUGUCAGGACCCUCGCAGUGAUUGAGGACCCCCUUGAACGUCAAGAAGCCGAGGAGGAGAAGAGACUGGAAUGGAAGUUGAGGAUGAAGAGGGAGAAGAAGAGAAGAAGGGAGGAAGCUAACCGGUUGACCGCAGAAGUGGAAAAGGUGCUGACGUGUAGACAAGAAGUCCAGGCACAGACAGACGUUUCUGCCAAAAUGGACAAGAUGUUGGGAUACUUAGAGGUGUUAAGUGAGGCCUGGUUAGAGGAACGGCAAGCCAAUCAGGGCCAAGACAUCACCCUGAAGGCCAUGCGGUCAGGAUUUAGAGAGUUUGCGCACGAGAUCGUCACCCACAUUGGGGGCGAAGUCAGGCAACUGAGGGAUAACGUAGGGAAGUAUUGCGAGGGCACCAUCGAGGGUGCCAAGGCUAUAGCUGCUGUAAAGGGCGAGGGCAGACCCCGUAAAGAGUCUGUCAAGCUCAAGUUCCUAGACGCAUAGGGGGGAAAGAAGGAGGAGAACUUUGACAAUUGGGAGGUCACUGUCAACAACUACAUUACUUGCAGCAUAUCCUAAUAGAGGA